AGCUGUCUCAAAGCUGUGUGCCUCGAUCCCUUCGGAUCUGGCACUUGUCUGAGCAGCGUCCCAGACGAGCGAUGGCGCCCCUUGCGCUGGCUGCGGGAGCCUUGGCCUUCGCGCGUCGCGGCGCCAACCUCCGAUGGGCGUCCCUGCAGGUGAGGCUCUGCUCCUCCACCGCCUCUGGAAGCAGUUCGGGCCCAGGCGGCGGCGCGGCCGACGAUUCCCUGGCAGCGGUCCAGGGGAGCGCCGAGAGCGGCCAGGGCCCCAGGGUCUACAGGCGUGACAAGGCGGAACACAUCCGUGUCUUCCGGUGGGGCAUCGGGAACAGCUUUCGGAUGCAGAGCCAGAACAGGUUCAUGCCAGUGCACAAGGCGCGGAAUCAGCAGUGCAUGGUCCGGGACGAUUACUACCAGAGCGACAACCCGAACAUCUACUGGGAUGAGCUCAACGAGACCUGGGAGGUCCAGUGGUUUGAGCACAGUAAGCUGAAUGCGAAACCAUUUCCGGUCAAGAAGUACGGCGUGGAGAGGGCCAGGCAGGAGGCGGCGGGCUUCUUCGAGGAGCUCCGCGCCGCUGGCCGCCUCGGCACCAAACCUGUCCACGAGUCACCUCAGGAGGGCGUGUUCUACGACCCGAGGAUGCAGUCCUGGGUGUGCCUGGCGUGGAGGGACGGCCGGCCCCUCUCGCGCUGCUACUCGGCGACCAAGUACGGCUUCGAGGGCGCCCGCGCGCUGGCCGUCGCGAAGCAGAACGAUCCAGUCAGCGGUCUGCUGCACUUGCCCGGCGCGGCGAGGCGGCACUGGAAGCGAGAGCGCCAGCGGCAGCAGUGAGCGCCGCGGUCGCCGUGGCGCACUCUCGGUGGCCGUGCCCUCCCCAUCGCUCCUCCUUUUCCUCUUUCUCCUCCUCGUCCUCCUCCUCUCAGGUCGCCCGAUCGGAUCUUAGUCAGUCCUCAACGACGCUUCGGGCUCCUCGAGCAUGCGCCACCGUUGCCUCCUUCCGCCUCUGCCAUCCUCUGCAAGGAGGGAGGGUGGAGGCUAGGCUCGGUUCGGCGCUCCUCGAAGGGGCGCGCCCAUGCUUGCCGGGCGAAUGCCACACCCAAAGGGCGCGACAGCCAGAUGGGAGGGAGGUGCACGCGGUGUGUACAUUCCAGCCAGGCGCGUGUCACAUCAUUUCUCGCACCCUGUCGCUCGCCCCUCGGGCACAGCGCCGUGCUCGCUGUGCGGCGCCGCGUCGGCCAUGCAGGAUCUGCCUUUGCUUCCCGUGAUCGAGGCUGGACUCCCUUGCGGCGCCCAUGUCGCGGCGCCUGACGCGAUCUGCGCUCCAGGGAGGUGGAUCCAGCGCCGAUCCGAGAAGUCCAUGCGGACCUGCGAAAGUUUACGUUUGUGCCGAUAUUGCCUCUUCCGCCACAGUGGCCUGGGCUGUGUGAGGACUCGACUUUAGUUCGUGUGUUUUUCACUUCUCUGCGACUGCACGGUUCUCGAGGUCAGAGGCUGUGAGUUCAUGCUCUCGCCUCGCCGAGCUGCAUUGUCUGAAGUUGUAUCGCCGCUUCCCUUUCCUCUCUGGUUGCGUUGGAAAAGAAGGAUCGACUCUGCCUCUUGGCCGCGCGUGAUCGCCAAGCCCAUUAGACAACAGGGCGUGGCCCAUGGGGGCAGGUGCGCGCAGAUGCUCGCACCUCGAGCUCCUCCUGCAUACAGGCGAUUGCAAUGUUUCGAUCUUUCCGAAGCCCUUUCGAUCGCCGCUGGGGCUCUCCAUACAGUCGAGCUGCCUCUCGGGCUUGAGAGGCGAGAGCGGCGGUAAGGCGAUAGAGUCGCGUGCAUUCCGACGCUGUGCCUCCUGCAGACAGGAGGGGAACGGGGGCGAGACGGCGCCAGGAUAGGAUGAAGGCUGGAAUCCAUUACUGCCGCGCCCAUGCUCGGCGCCGAGGUGCCAGUCGCGGAGCACUUGUCAGGAG